UUCCCGCCCCUUCCCGCGCCCCGCCCCAAGAUGGCGCCCGGCGCUGAGGCGAGUUCCGGUGCCACCAUGGCCCCGACGCGGCUGGAGCUGAACCUGAUGCGGCUCCUGAGCCGGUGCGAGGCGCUGGCGGCGGAGCGGCGGGACCCUGAGGAGUGGCGGCUGGAGAAGUAUGUGGCUGCUCUGGAGGACAUGCUCCGGGAGCUGAAGAAGCAGGCCAGCAAGCCAGCCCCUGAGCUGCUGAAUGAAUACUCUCGCAAAGUGGACUUCCUAAAGGGACUUCUAGAAGCUGAAAAAUUGUCUUCAUCCACAGAAAAGGCUCUGGCAAACCAGCUGCUGGCCCCUGGGCGCACCCCGACCACAGCCAAGGAGAGAACCCCGGCCACCAAAACCGUCCACCUGCAGACCAAGGCGCGCUGCACGGGCCAGAUGAGGAGCGAGCUGCUUGGCACAGUACGUCCAGUGCUGCUGCUGCUUUACACACUGUCCUGCUUGUGUUCAGCUGGGUCUCAGAACUGUCCCAGGCUGGGUGGGGAGUCACCUCGUUAUCUCUAAAUCCUGGGCACUGGCACUCUGCCAGGCCUGCAGGGCUGUCCUUUAUCACUCACCCUUUGUAAUCUGCAGUUUUGGUUCUCUUUCUCCUCCCAGGAUCCCCUGGCUGCUGAUGAUUCUGAGGAGUUGAACAUAAGGAAGCGAAAAGGCCUCACAUCAGAUGAGAAGCAGUCAGCAGUGGAGCUGGAUGCUGUGCUGCAGCACCACCAGGACAUGCAGGAGAAGCUGGCUGAGGAAAUGCUCAGCUUGGCUCGCAGCCUCAAGAACAACACUCUGGCUGCCCAGAACGUGAUCAAACAGGACAACCAGACACUGUCACACUCCCUCAGGAUGGCAGACCAGAACUUUGAGAAGCUCAAGGACGAGUCUGACCGCCUGGAACAGCACGCCAAGAAAUCUGUCAACUGGUUGCUGUGGAUAAUGCUCAUUGUUGUUUGUUUUAUAUUCAUCAGCAUGAUUCUCUUCAUCAGGAUUUUCCCCAAACUGAAAUGAUUCUGUUCCAUUUUAUUUAAAGCUGCCUGCAGUGCAAUGGAAAGCUCAGCUGGUGUGAGAAUUGUCACAGUCCUGUGACAGUGUCCUUAAAGAGGACACAGAUAGGCCUGUCCAAGGCCCACCUUGGAUCUCCUCCCUGGGCAGGCAGUGGAGGGUUUCCUGAGGAAGGCUUUCCACACUUGGAUCCUUGUUUACUUGGUGACUGUUGUUGCCUCUUGAGGGGAGAGCUGAGGUAACAAUGAGCAUUUACACUGAGCUGCUAACAAGUUCUUUAGUGGAUAAAUACAGUCAUUUUUAAUGUGGUUGUGACAAAUGUUAUUACUCUUAAAAGGUGUUUAGUCAAUACAAAUUUAAAUAACAGUUGAA